ACUUCCGCUAGCCACAUUUCUCCACAGCUUCCGCUGUUCUUCUGUUUAGUGAGACAGUCCAGAACUAGAAACUCGUGUUUUUAUUAUGAAGUUUAUAUUAACACUUUCUUAAUUUUCCGAAAUGACAUGAAUGUUGUAUCAUGGCGAGGAUUGGGGACAUCAUUCAUCUGAACGUCGGGGGAAAAAGGUUCAGUACCUCCAGACAGACCCUGACGUGGGUUCCUGACUCAUUUUUCUCAAGUUUGUUAAGUGGGCGGAUAUCGACAUUGAAGGAUGAGACUGGGGCGAUUUUCAUAGACAGGGAUCCAUCUCUUUUUGCUACGAUCCUGAAUUUUCUGCGCACUAAAGAGCUGCACCCAAGGUCCAUAGAUGUUCAUCUGUUAAUGCACGAGGCAGAGUUUUAUGGGAUCACUCCACUAGUGAGAAAGCUGCAGUUGUGUGAUGAGUUGGAUCGCUCCUCUUGUGGGAACGUCCUGUUCAAUGGCUACCUGCCACCACCAGUGUAUCCAGUGAAGCGCAGAAACAGGCACAGUGUUGCAGGUUCACAGUUCCCUGGUGGGCGUGCAGGACCUGUAGAGAGAGCACCUGUGAGGAGAAGUAACACGAUGCCACCUAACCUGGGCAAUGCUGGCAUAUUGGGCAGAGCUGUUGUGGAGGAGCGAGUGCCAGGUCCAGUCUCUGAUCCAGGAAUGGUCCGAAUCAUAUGCGGUCAUCAUAACUGGAUUGCUGUGGCCUACACUCAAUUUGUGGUCUGUUACAGGGUUAAGGAGUCUACUGGAUGGCAGCAGGUCUUUACGAGCCCACGGCUGGACUGGGUGAUCGACAGGGUUGCUCUUAAUGCUAAAGUCAUGGGCGGUUCACUUGGGGACAAUGAUAAGAUGGUGGCUGUGGCAUCAGGCACAGAGAUAAUAUUAUGGGCUAUCUGUCCUGAUGGAAAUGGCAAUGAAAUCGGUGUGUUCAGUCUGAAUGUGCCGGUGGAGGCUUUAUUCUUCGUGGGAAAUCAGCUCAUUGCCACCAGUCACACGGGUAAAGUGGGAGUUUGGAACGCUGUUACUAAACACUGGCAGAACCAGGAUGUGGUUCCCAUCAACAGUUAUGACACUGCUGGCUCAUUCCUCAUUUUGGGCUGUAACAAUGGAUCUAUUUACUACAUAGAUGUCCAGAAGUUUCCAUUGCGGAUGAAGGAUAAUGAUUUGUUGGUGACUGAACUGUAUCGAGACCCCAGUGAAGACGCUAUUACCGCUUUAAGCGUCUACCUGACACCCAAAACAAGUGAUAGUGGGAACUGGAUUGAGAUAGCGUAUGGUACCAGUUCAGGCACUGUACGUGUUAUAGUGCAGCAUCCAGAGACCGUAGGAUCUGGUCCACAACUCUUCCAGACAUUCUCCGUACACCGCAGCCCGGUUACUAAGAUCAUGCUGUCUGAGAAGCAUCUCAUCUCUGUGUGUGCUGACAACAAUCAUGUCCGCACAUGGACAGUGACGCGUUUCCGAGGUAUGAUCUCCACCCAGCCUGGCUCCACCCCCCUUACUUCCUUUAAGAUCCUGUCAUUGGACGAUAUUGAUGGCCAUGGAGGCUGUGCUGCAGGAACAGAAAUAGGUCCGUAUGGGGAAAGAGACGAGCAGCAGGUGUUUAUCCAACGUGUGGUUCCUGACACCGAUAAACUCUACGUGAGGCUCUCCUCCAAUGGGAAAAGGGUUUGUGAGGUGCGCUCGGUGGAUGGGACCUCCAUUACGGCAUUCGUGGUUCAUGAAUGUGAAGGAUCCAGCCGCAUUGGUUCCAGACCCCGCCGGUACCUCUUCAGUGGUCAUAGUAACGGCAGCAUCCAGAUGUGGGACCUCACAACGGCAAUGGAGAUUGCAGGAAAAGUAGAUAUUAAAGCUCUUGGUGGUCCGACUGAAGAGGAGCUUUUGGAAUUGUUGGACCAAUGUGAUCUUGCACUGACUCGAACCCCAGACAUGAGUCCUGCGGUCUCUCUCACACAUUCCUCUCGCAACUCUACCUGCAGUCUGCAGUCCCAGUCGAGUGAGAGCGGCCGAGCUGGCGCUGGUUUCCGGGGUCCUAUUCCUCUUAAUGGCAGUCUGCCUCGCCACGCCCCUUUAGUACCCCUCGGCAAACCCCGCGACCUACCAUCCCACCUCGGCCUCAGCCAGUCCUCUCUCGCCAGUAACAACAGCCCCCAUUCAAACCGGGCCCCGCUGGAGCGAGAGAAAGACCUGGGAGCUAUCCGGAGAGGAAGCUUCGUAGAGCGCUGUCAAGAAAGAGCCAAGUGCUCAGAUAUGGGCGGCCUUGAUCCCGGGAGGCGGAGUUUAGCGGUAUGCAGUGAGCUUGAAGCGCGACUGGGCCUCAGGAUGCAGUCUCCGUUCCCCGCCCUGCCAGCGGCCUGCUCGUCAACUCCAACGUCAUCAUCAGCAGUGUCAAUGAGAAGACCUGCUCCUGGCACACCAAGCCCCACCCCUUCACCAGUCAGUCCAUCGAGAUCACAAACCUCCGUGUCUCCGAGACGACCCGUCACAUCUCCAACCAAUGAGGCCACGCCCAAUGAGAACGGGACCGGCCAUGGCCGUGAAAGCCCCGCCUCUCCACCUUCCACCAGCCCUAAACCUCAUAUGAAUGAAACUAGCUUCUGAUGAAGAAAAUACUAAAUUGUGAAAACAUCGUCUUCCUCGUGUCUGAGUGCCUUAUUUAGAGACAUUAAGAGAAUAUGUUGCAUGUAAAUGAUAUAUCCACAUUCCAUAAGACUUAAAAAAAGAAGACCAAAAAUGUCUGCAAAUAUAGUAGAUGUGAGACUAUCAGCAGUUUACAUUAAACCUGACAGGAGUGGGUUGUUGUGGGUAAAGCAGACAAUGCUGCUGGUGUGCCAUUGAAACAGUAAACGGGCUACUAAUGUAUACUUAAAACAUGAAUUACAUCAUGGGGCGGAUUUCCGGACAGGGUUUACAUCAGGGGUCUCCAACCUUUUUGUGAGCAAGGGCUACCACAAUGGAUAAAACUAUCUGGAGGGCUACUUUUUUUAAAAUGUUUUAAAAUUAAAGGGACAAUAAGUAGGAUUUACCCCCAUCUAGUGGUAAAAUUGUAUUUUGCAUUCAAAUGAAUAGUGCUCUCUAGCGCCUCGCUUUUCCAAAUGCCUGUUGCAACUACAGUAGUCGUUAUGUAAUCACUGAUCUCCUUGUCCGUUUCAGCUGGUUCAUGUGUUCUGAAUAGAAAACGCGUUUUGGAAACUAGUGCUUUUUGUCCCUCUCUGCUAUUAUAGUUCAAGCCUCCUUGGACUUACCCGUUCAAUGUAAGUAAAGAGAAAAAAUUCUAAGCUUACAAAGAAAAGUCAGAUCACUGGCAGAGAUCAUUUGAUACCAACGAGGACAUAUUUAUGAAUAAAGACAUUGAUUUUGAUUAAUAAAAUACUUAAAACCCUACUUACUGUCCCUUUAAGGCAGCUCAAACAUGCAUUUUAGUCUGGGAUUAGGAUAAGCCCUGUCCAGGAAACAGCCCCUUUAAGCAUUUGUAUUUAAAAUCUUAAACCACAUGAUCUUGGAUUGGGAUGUCUACCUUGCAGUGUAUCGGUUCACAUGACUAUUUUUGUAUUAUGAGCAUGAAACGUCGCUGUAAAUGUGCAGCUGCUUUUGAAGUUUAAAUUUGUGCUUUCCAUUUAAUACAUUGUCAUUUAUGAUUACAGAUCUGGUAUUGUUGCCAGCUAUUGGCACGGUAUAUAUUGAUUUCCACCCCAAAGAGGAAUUGUGUAGGUGUUGCAAAAGAAUGAUGAAUCUUCAUUUGAUUGAACUGAAGUUGAAUUCUUCCACAACACAAUAAAACAUCUUCGUAUUAUAA